AUGGAUUCCUACGAUGGUUAUGGAUCUCCUGGAAGGAGUCGUGAGUCCGAUUCUUUCGCGGGACGAUCCAUGGGGGAAUCAUAUAGACGUCGGUCGCCUGCCUCUCAAGAUCGACGACGUGCACGGCCGCGCUCCCGGUCGCCCGUGAUUGACCGGUAUGAGCCUUCGGAGCGUCGUUCUCACCGCGACGACUUUUACAACAAUGCUCGGGAGCACGCUGCCCGAGAACGCGAGGACCGUCGACGUGCUCCCUCACCAACUGUGGCAAACAUUGACCGCUAUGUUCCCGGACAAGACGGCGGUGGCGGUGGCAAGCGUCCUAUCCCGACCAACCCUAUGCCCAACCCCCUCACACUCGAUUUCCAAGUCGGAUUCAAUUGGUUUGCCGAGUGGUGGAGAUUGGAGGAAUCCGUGAAUGAGGAAAAAGAGCGCGCCAAGAACGGCGGUCGUCGAGUCAAGGGAGAGCGCGAGGCGCGCGAAGAUCGCGAGAAGGAACGCGCGCAAAUCCAGGCGGCUUAUGAUACAUACAAGGUUGAUCUGCAAAUUCGACUGGCCAGGCUUUUCGUCCAGCAGCACCGGAAUGAGGAGUGGUUCAAGGAACGCUAUGUUCCUGAAGUUAGAGACCCUCUUCGCGCCCGCCUCAUGACGGUUCGACAAGGCGCAUAUGAACAGUGGGAGCAUGACAUUGAAAACAACCUUUUCAAAGACUUUACACUUGAAGGCAUAUACAAGAGCGAUAGCGACGGUGCCGGUGGUGUGGUUGAAAAGGAGGAAGGCGAGACUACGGCUGCCGCUGAGACCAUGGGAGUGCUUGACCUACUUCCAGUCCGUGGUGGAGACCUCCGUGACGAAGCUCUUGCACAACCCGCGCUUCUUAUAAAAACCCUUGCGCCAAAUGUCAGCCGUAGCAAGAUAGAAGAGUUUUGCAAGGAGCAUCUCGGCGAGGAAGACGGAGGUUUCAAGGGGCUCAGCCUCAGUGAUCCGAACCCCUCCAAGAAGUUCCAUCGCAUGGGAUGGAUUAUGUUGCAUCCUUCCGCAAACACCAGCACGGUGGAGCGGGGAGAUGGACGCGAUGAAGAAUUCGAAAAUAUGGACCAUGAUGGAGGUGCCAACGGUGGGGUCACAGUCAGCCCAGCUGAGAGAGCUCUCGAGGCUGUCAAUGACAAGACCAUCCAUGAUUCCGUCCACGGUGACUUUGUUUGCCACGUCGGAGUCCAUGUUCCCCCUGCCCAGCCGCGCAAAAAGGCUCUCUGGGAUCUGUUCUCCGCGCCUGAGCGAAUUGAUCGUGAUCUCGAGCUGGCCAAACGUCUAACUUCCAAGUUGGACUCCGAGAUGAGUGCCAGCGUGGAUGGUUUCACUAAGAUCGAAGAGUAUGUUGACGACCUGCGCGGCAAAGGAGAGCUCCAGCCCCCUGCUACGGGACCAGUCAGUGUGAAGAAGCAGAGAAACGGAUAUAGCGAUGAAGGGGACGAAGGGGAGAUUGAGGAAGGCGAAGAGAAGGAAAUUGCCGAAGAAGAAGAUGUGGAUGAUGAAGAACUUGCAGUUAAGAAGAAGAAGCUAGACUUGGCUGUCGAGUACCUGCGCCGGGUCUACAACUUCUGCUUCUUCUGUGUCUUCGAAAGUGACUCGGUCCAUGAGCUUGGCCGCAAGUGCCCUGGUGGACACCUUCGCCGCCCACGUACUGGACUAUCCAGCCAGGCUAAGGAAGUGGCCCGAGCCAGCGCUCUCGGCCAGCCUUUCCCGGCAAAGAAGAAGGAACCUACCGAGGAAGGAGAAGAUCUGUCCUCGCCUGUCCAGGAGAAGCGCGGACAGCGCCAUGGUUCCAAGUCCGAACAGCAACUGCAGCGUGCCUUCAACUGGGUGAAGACCUUUGAAGAUAAGUUGCUGCAGAUACUAGAGCCAGAGAACGUCGACCUCAGCAAGCUCGGCGGCAAGCCCGUUGAUCAGGCACUUGAGGAUGAACUUCUGAAGUACAUGAAGCAGGAAGAUGACUCUAAGUACCGGUGCAAGGUGCCUGAAUGUACCAAGCUUUUCAAGGCCGAAGCCUUCUGGCGCAAGCAUGUCGAGAAGCGCCAUACGGAGUGGUUUGAUGGUAUCAAGAAGGAUCUCGCAUUAGUGAAUGCUUAUGUCUUGGACCCAGCACGCAUUGCCCCAUCCCGUUCCGAUGCCAACAGCAACGGUCACUUCCCCCUUGGCUCCGGACAAGGCGCCACCGGCACUCCUCGUGGAUUCACCCUUGCCAGCAUGCCCUUCGGCCCCAAUGGAAACGUGCCUGCCUUCUCCACAAGUGGAAUGCCUGGCAUGAUGGGUUCACACGGCUGGACUGGAAACGCAAUGGGACACGAAGGCGGUCUGCACCAGCCCGGACCCAUGCGCCGCGGCCAGAACCGCAACAACCGACCUGGCCCGUACGACCGUCGCCGAUUCAACGGCAACGGGCGACUGAGCCCUCCCCGCGGAAUGCCAGGUAUCUAUGGUGGCGGUCGUCUCCCACCUCCUGGUGUCAGCGUUCCAGCUGGCCACCCCGCGGCCACCAUGGCCGCCGCCAACCCAUUCCCAGACUCUUCCAGCGGAGGUCCCAUGGCGCCGCGCGAAGCCGUCCAGGGCCGCAGUUUGAAGAGCUACGAGGAUCUAGAUGCAGUCGAUGCGUCUGGCAGUGGCGAACUGCAGUACUAG